AGUGCUGUGAUGGAGUCUCAGGUACGCCAGAACUUCCACCGGGAGGGUGAGGCUGCUAUCAACUGCAUUGUGAAUUUGGAGCUGCGUGCUAGCUAUGUCUUCAUGUCCAUGUCUUGCUACUUUGACCGUGAUGAUGUGGCCCUGAGGCACAUUGCUCAGUUCCUGAUGGAGCAGUCCUAUGAGCAUAAGGAGCAUGCAGAGAAGUUCCUGCAAUACCAGAACAAGCGAGGGGGACGCAUUGUCCUGCAGGAUGUAGAGAAGCCAGAGCGGGACAAGUGGGGGAACAGCCUGGAGGUCCUGCAGCAUGCUCUGCAGCUGGAGAAGACCUUGAACCAUGCCCUGCUGGACCUGCACAAGGUGGCUACAGAGCAGAAUGAUCCUCAUCUCUGUGACUUCCUGGAGUCUGACUACCUGGAGGAGCAGGUGAAGGCCAUCAAGCAGCUGGGAGACCACCUCACCAACCUGAAGCGCCUGGGAGCACCCCAGAACGGCAUGGGAGAGUACCUGUUUGACAAGCUCACCCUGGGGCACAGCAGCUGAAGUCUGCACUGGGAGCUGCAAUGUCCAAUUGAAUAUAU